AUGGCUCUUGUUCUUCUGGGAUGCGUCAGCAUUCGUUCAGUGUCGACCACGGUGCCCAACAGCAACGCGGUACCAAACAAGGGUUUAGUCGGCGGCGUGGGCCCUAAAUCCGAUCGGCGCUUGAGAAUGCAGACAUGGUCAGCAAAGGAUGGAGGUUACAGCAGCUCGGAAGAGAGAGUGUCUAGUGUCGAGAAGUUUUGCGAUUUCAUUAAGUCUAGGGCUACAACGCUGAAAAACUUCGCAAAAAAUCUAAACCGCCAGAAAGCCACAGAAGACAGCGUGACAGAACUUGGGGGCAAAGCAGUGGAGUCGAAGCGUAUUGAUGCUGCAUUGACCCAAUCUGUGACUAACACCAGACCUGAGCUAAGCGAAGAGGCGUUUCUUUCAACACUGACCGCUCAGUAUGGUGAUGAAGCUUUAACCAAGCUGCUGGAACAAGCACAACGCCCGGGUUCCUCGCGGCUUGCAACGAUGGUAAAAGACGUCCAGCUCGAUCACUGGGUUAGUCAAGAGAAAACGGCGGAUGAUAUCUACAAUCGCCUGAAGCUGAACGUUGAGGAUGCAGAUUUUUUGGAAAAACCUUUGUUGGGCACGUGGAUUGCGUUCGUGGAAGACAAACUCAAAGAGGAUCCGUACGAUUUCUUGCUGCUCAAACUGGCUAAACACUACGAAGGAGAUACACUAGCAAAAAUGCUGCAUGCAGCUAGCACCAGCGACCGAACGAGCGCCGUUGCUAAAAAUUUGGAGAAGGCGCAGCUAUAA